UGGCGCUCAGAGCCCGAGUCCGCGGGAAGAUGGCGGCGCCGCUCUUGCCGCUCUCCCAACAGAUUCCCACUGGAAAUCCAUUAUAUGAAUCUUACUACAAGCAGGUAGACCCAGCAUACACAGGACGAGUUGGGGCAAGUGAAGCUGCGCUGUUUCUAAAGAAGUCUGGGCUCUCAGACAUUAUCCUUGGGAAGAUAUGGGACUUGGCCGACCCAGAAGGUAAAGGGUUCUUGGACAAACAGGGUUUCUAUGUUGCACUGAGACUAGUGGCCUGUGCACAGAGUGGUCACGAAGUUACCUUGAGCAAUCUGAAUUUGAACAUGCCACCACCUAAAUUUUGGAAUGUUCCUCUUUCUUCUCAGCACGACACCAGCAGCCCUUUGAUGGUCACGCCACCUUCCGCAGAGGCCCAUUGGGCUGUGAGGGUGGAAGAAAAGGCAAAAUUUGACGGGAUUUUUGAAAGCCUCCUACCCAUCAAUGGCCUGCUCUCCGGAGACAAAGUCAAGCCAGUGCUCAUGAACUCAAAGCUGCCUCUUGAUGUCCUGGGCAGGGUCUGGGACCUUAGUGACAUCGACAAGGACGGGCACCUGGACAGAGAUGAGUUUGCUGUGGCGAUGCAUUUGGUGUACCGAGCUCUUGAGAAGGAGCCCGUGCCCUCUACCUUGCCCCCGUCCCUCAUCCCCCCCUCCAAGAGAAAGAAGACAGUGUUCCCGGGUGCCGUGCCCGUCCUGCCCGCCAGCCCUCCGCCGAAAGACAGCCUCCGCUCCACGCCGUCCCACGGCAGUGUCAGCAGCCUGAACAGCACGGGAAGCUUGUCCCCCAAGCACGGUGUCAAGCAAACACAGCCAAUAGUGAACUGGGUGGUGCCGGUAGCAGACAAGAUGCGAUUUGACGAGAUAUUCCUGAAAACCGACCUGGACCUGGACGGCUAUGUGAGUGGCCAGGAGGUGAAGGAGAUCUUCAUGCACUCGGGCCUCACCCAGAACCUUCUAGCACACAUAUGGGCCCUGGCCGAUACGAGGCAAACGGGGAAGUUAAGCAAAGACCAAUUCGCGUUAGCUAUGUAUUUCAUUCAGCAGAAGGUCAGUAAAGGCAUCGACCCUCCUCAAGUCCUCUCACCGGACAUGGUCCCGCCCUCAGAGAGAGGCACCCCCAUCCCGGACAGUUCAAGUUCUCUUGCAUCAGGGGAGUUUACUGGUGUGAAGGAACUUGAUGACAUCAGUCAAGAGAUUGCCCAGUUACAGAGGGAGAAAUACUCACUGGAACAAGACAUUAGAGAAAAGGAAGAGGCCAUCAGACAGAAAACCAACGAGGUACAGGAAUUACAAAAUGAUUUAGACCGGGAAACAAGCAGUUUGCAAGAGCUAGAAGCUCAGAAGCAGGAUGCCCAAGAUCGCCUGGAUGAAAUGGACCAGCAGAAGGCCAAGCUCCGGGACAUGCUAAGUGACGUCAGGCAGAAGUGCCAGGACGAGACUCAGAUGAUUUCAUCAUUGAAGACCCAGAUCCAGUCUCAGGAAUCCGACCUUAAGUCCCAGGAAGACGACCUGAACCGGGCCAAAUCUGAGCUGAACCGGCUGCAGCAGGAAGAGACCCAGCUGGAGCAGAGCAUUCAGGCUGGGAAAGUGCAGCUGGAAACUAUCAUCAAGUCCCUGAAAUCCACCCAAGACGAAAUCAACCAGGCAAGAAGCAAACUUUCCCAGCUGCACGAAAGCUACCAGGAUGCCCACAGGAGCCUGGAGCAGGGCAACGAGGCGCUCGAUGGGGCCCGUGGUGCCAGCCUGACCAGCCUAGCCGAGCUGAGCGAGAGCGCCUCCCUGACAGAGAGGGGCGGUUUUGGAGCCAUGGACGAUCCUUUCAAAAAUAAAGCCUUGUUAUUUAGCAACAACACGCAAGAAUUGCAUCCGGAUCCUUUCCAGACAGAAGACCCCUUCAAAUCCGACCCAUUUAAAGGAGCUGAUCCCUUCAAAGGUGAUCCAUUCCAGAAUGACCCCUUUGCAGAACAGCAGACAGCUUCAAUAGAUCCAUUUGGAGGGGAUCCUUUCAAAGAAAGUGACCCAUUCCGUGGCUCUGCCCCCGACGACUUCUUUAAGAAACAGACAAAGAACGACCCGUUUACCUCAGACCCAUUCACGAAAAAUGCUUCCUUACCCUCAAAGCUUGACCCCUUUGAAUCCAGUGAUCCUUUUUCAUCCUCCAGCGUCUCUUCAAGAGGAUCAGGUCCCUUUGGAACCCUAGACCCCUUUGGAACUGGGUCCUUCAACAGUGCUGAGGGCUUUGCUGACUUCAGCCAGAUGUCCAAGCCCCCAACUUCUGGCCCUUUCACCUCCUCCUUUGGAGGGGCAGGAUUCUCAGAUGACCCCUUUAAAAGUAAACAGGACACUCCCGCUCUGCCUCCGAAGAAACCUGCUCCUCCACGGCCUAAACCACCCAGUGAAAACGUAAAGUCCAACAGUUUGAAAAUGAGGGAAUGGAAUGUGCUUUUCUGUUCUUCUCGCUGACCCGCCUUUUCCCGCUUGGAGAUGCCACGUGGCCAGUGCACAGCGGUGGCUGCCUUUUCCUGGGAAUGCCGUGUGAUCGCACUCCAGGACCUCCCUGACACGUGGGGGCAGCUGCGAUCCUGGCGUGGCUGAUGGGUGGAGGUGAGGUGGGGACCCUGCUUCCAGGGCCCUGUGGCUCUGGCAGUCCAGCUGUGAUCCCAUGGAGAUAGGCAGAGUGGACGAUGCAGACCAUCCGGUGAUAACGGUUUUUCUCCCAGACCAAACACACAGCUUCACACCUGCACUCGCAGAAACCGAGAUGAAGGAUGAGCUCUUCCAUAAACUUGCUGCUCUGCGUGUGAAAUGGGUCUGACGUCACCACACUCUCAGCUGGGGCUUGUCUGUCCAAGGGGACCCUGAGGUUUCUAGAAUGCUGCCAGGCCUCCACGCCUGGAGUUGGCUCUGACCUGUGAGGCUGAGACAGGUGAAUCUGAUGCUGAUUCCCUCUGGCUGCUGGGACGCCCAUCCUGCUAGAGUCCAAGGAGGCUGCUGGAUCAGGCUGGUUUCUAGACGUUGGACAAGGGCCUGAGUUCACAUUCUGGCCCUGCCGCUGUCUCCCUGAGGGGUUCAGGGCAAGUGUCUUACCCUCACCAAGCCUCAGUUUCCCCGCCUGAGCAUGGGACCAGCUCUGGCCUAGCAGAUGGCCAUGUGGGUCAAGUCCCUCACGCAGCGAUUACCUGUGAUGUGACGUGCGUGUGGUGAACCCCCAGCCUGCCCCCGGAGUAUGGGACCAGGACGCAGGUCCUCCUUCUGUAGGUCCUUUCCUGGGGACAGACAGAGGCUGGGCCGGGGGCAGCCCUGUGCGUGCAGGGAGUUACCAAGGGAGACUUGUUCCCCACGAGACUGCAAGUUACAGAAAUCUUUGCAGUUGAGAGAAGUCAGAGUGUGGGUAGUGGAACUUCAAAGAGGGCUCCAGGGUCCUCUCAGCAAAAUGCAGCCAUUGUUGCUUGUGUGGGACCAAGCGCACGUUCAGGUCUGAGGCACACGUAGUUUUCUGGGUGCCGUCUCUCGUGCAUGAGAGGCUACUGUUUUCACAUUCUGUGGGAGCUGUUUGUUUUUAAAAGCUUGACUGAGUUUUAAUUGACAUGCAAUAAACACAUGUAUUUAAGCGUCAGCCUAUGCGGUCACAGUGGGGACCCCUCCACCUGAGAGCCUCGCCGAGGUUCCCCUGCAAGAGUUCUGGUGUCGCAUGGGUGUGACAGGAGCAGCCCACGGCUGGCCACCUGCUCUCAAGGCCACAACUCCAUUCUCUCUCACCCCAAGCCAGGAAGCGUGCCCUCAGGGACCGGCAGUAGUCACCCUCUGGAGCACGCACAGGGCUUCGGCACUGAGUUCUUUGUGCCUGGAGGUCUUUUCUAGAAAGGUCUGUCAAGGUAUUCAAUAACCAGCAGGUGUCUGUUUGGGGUAGAGAGAACUGGUUUCUUCCAGGCAGAUGCAAAACAGAGCCUGCCAGCAGCCGCUGAAACCUGUCAGUUAAAGUUAGCGCACACCUCCCCCAGGUAAACAAUGGUGUAUUUUCUGCAACGGACGGAGAUCUGGAUCAGUCAGGCUCACCGCUGUAGAGUUUCUAGGUAAAAGUUGUUGAUUUGCAAAGAGAGAAACAGAUUUUUUUUAAGUACAGGAAAUGGCUGUGUGGGUGUCAGUGAUUGGGCCUUGCGCCCCGCGGCGACAGAUAGCGGGAUCCUGCGCCCGGCCCCGCCCUUGCCACUUCCUGCCGGUGCAGCCCUGCGUUGCGGUUCCUGCAGCCCCGGGUGACACCAGCUAGCGCGCCUUCACCGCUAACCAGCCACUCACCUUUAACCUCUCCCCAAUUUAAUUACCCUUUUAUUAUUGCUAACGACCUCUUCACCUCCAGAAUAAAGCCACGCACACACUUACUGUGUCUUUUUGAUCCUCUUUCCCCUCCCACGAUUCUUCCAGUGAACACAGGACAACGAGAUACCAUUUUACCUGUCCUGUUCCAUUCAAAUGAUUCUCAAAAAAAAGAAAAAUGUUUCUCCCCUAGAACACGAGUCCCCUCCCACACCUGUGUGCGGGCUCCUUGUGGGCUGACUGGCUGGGAUUCUUUCUUUUGGGCGGUUUUCUGCUUGCUGCCCACCCGGGGCCAGACCGCUUGCUCGGCGGUCACCUUGACCCUCCUGGGGUGCUGCCACAUGAGCACGGUCAGAGAGGAAGCUGCACCUUCCUAACCGGCGUCAGCCCACGUGCUCUUGGCUCUCCGCGUGCUCUGAAAUGCCAGGCCAAGGGUGACACCAGGGUGGUUGUCCUGGGCCCGCGUGGGUCCUGACCUCUUGUUUAUUGCACAAGAUCCACUUUUAAAAUGGCUUCUCCAGUCGAGCCGUGUGGUUAGCACCUUAGCCUUGAACUUAACUACUUUAAUUCCGUUCCCACGAUGAUUUCAAAGAGAUAAUUCAGUGGGUACAUGUGAAGUUCUAGAAUGGGACAAAAGUGGUUCACUGCCAGCUUGAGAAGCCUGGAAAAUUGCGGCACUUGCCGGCCAGCCAGGGUCGGGGUGCUCCAGGGGAGCCUCUGAUGCCCAGCCUGGGGGAGCCUCCUUUCCUGUCCUCCAGCCCAGCCAGGGCUGGGCGUGACCCCUAACGACGAGUGCUUGAGAGCCAGCAGGCCCUGUCCCCGGCAGAGGGAGAAAUGAGAUUUUCUUCUCAACCCCUUACAUGUAAAAUGCCUGGAGACGGAUUGUUCUUUGGUGAAUUUCUGUUCUGCAAAGUCGGCUGAGUUUGAAAAUAGAAGCAUUUGCCUAUCUCAGCACACACCCACCCUCCUGCGCCCAGAAGGGCGGAUUGAGUGGGAGGUGAGUGACACGGUUGUCACCUGUUCAGUGGGGUGCAAAUGCCCAGGAUUGGGGUCCUGGAGUAGAGGAGUCAGCACUCAGCCAGCUGGAGUCCUGGGGGCCCAUGGGGCCUUGGGGUGGGAUGCAGACCCAGAGAGCCCAGAAUCCCCUCUCCUGCAUCUCAGCGUGGGUGUUAACAGACAGGAGCCAUCACCUGACCCCAGCCCCUCCCUGCCGGACAGGCCUUCCUCAGCCCCUUAGUCCCACUACAGCAGGGUGAGGGGGCCCAGGCAGAUGCUCCCUGGGAGGUCCCUGCUUUUCCGACAGGAUGAGUACGGUCCCUCAUCUCCUCAUUUCUCACAUUCGAAGCACUGAGUCACCCACUCCCUCCACCAUUGUCAACUGAAAAACAGCACAGUGUGAUUGAUGGGGGUCUGACCAUGAGGAGAGUGAGAGUAGGGGGGUCCCCGCGCUGCUGCAGGCUCUCCUGACUCCUUCCCAGCUGACCCCACCACAGGAGGGAGCGCCUGGUGGGCUCUGCACCUUCCGCUCCAGUGCACCCGCCGUGUGGUAUCCUGGUGACUUUGUUACCUGUGGGCACAGUGCCUCUCUGCCCUCGCAGAGGUGGUGGUGUGGCAGCAUUGGCGCUCCUCUGGAGGGAGGAACAAAGGCUGGGCCACUGCCACUUUGUGGUGCAGACACAGGGCUCCCCCCACCUGGCUGCUGCAUAACCAGCAUCUCCCUGUCCCCCAAGGCACCGAGCCCCUCGGAGGGGCUGGGGCAGACUAGUACACAGGCUGCUCCAACUGUCAAAGGCGCAGAUCAAAGAACAAAUGUGAUUUGUCAAAAAGCAGAAUGAUGAGACCUACAGUCUGCUUCAUUUUUGUUGUGAAGACUGAUUCGUGAUUGCAGAUUGAUUUGUGAGCCACGUACCCGCGCCCCUUUUUUGCUCCAGAGCUAACGUAGCCCCGUCAGGUUUCUUAUACAUGUCAUAGGAGACUUUUGUGGAAACCUCUUGAAAAUUGUAUUUCUCACUCCAAAAGAUGUUUGUCUUUUGAGGACCCGAAAAGUGUGACUACUUUUCUCCUUUUUCUUCUGACGGUGGGAUGACCCCACAUCCAUGAGACUCGUCACCCAGUGCGAUUUCCAUGACCUUUGACCACCCCAGACACCUCUCAGGGGAUGAAAAACACAUCAGUUGUGGGGGUGCUUGGUGGAUAAUAGUAAAUAUUUGUUCAGCUUUUCUCAACAAUUCAGAAACAAACCUCAUCCUGUUCCCUUCAAUACAUUAAGCAGAUUUUCUUAAAAUUCGGUAAAUAUUUUUAGUGGAAAAUCUCAACGCUGUGAUGGUGGGACCUCAGAUUUUAUCUGCCAGGGCUGUGCUGCUUGGCGCGCUUUGAUCUGCCGGGUUUGCCUUCUCCCGUGUGCAUCAGCGAGGCAAGCAGGGCUGCUGUCUGCAGGACUCCUCACCUGCAAGCCGAGGAGAUCGUCCUGUGGGUCACAGUUUGGGAAAUUAGCCUUCCUCACUCGUCUUCACUGUCCCACUGUAGGUGGGAGCCAGAGGAAAACAUUGAUGUGUGUGGGUAAAAAGUUCCCAAGUGAUUGUGAAUUUGAAAGAUUGUGCUCUGGAUAGCCUGUUUUCUCCCUUUCUCCCCACUCCUCCAAUUAACCUUUUUUGCUGGGGUUGUGGGGUGGGAAGGGAGGAGCCAAGGUAGCAAGGAAUGCCCCCUCCCCAGCCACAGCUCUGCCAUGUGCCGUGACUCUCAGAAGCCUGACAGUUCUGUGGGUGUCCCGUGUCGUGUGGGAUGAGUGACAGUUGUGUGGGUGUCCCGUGUUGUGUGGGAUGAGUGACAAUUGUGUGGGUGUCCCGUGUCGUGUGGGAUGAGUGACAGUUGUGUAGGAGUCCCGUGUCGUGUGGGUUGAGUGAGAGUUGUGUGAGCGUCCCGUGUCGUGUGGGAUGAGUGACAGUUGUGUGGGUGUCCCGUGUCGUGUGGGAUGAGUGACAGUUGUGUAGGAGUCCCGUGUCGUGUGGGUUGAGUGAGAGUUGUGUGAGCGUCCCGUGUCGUGUGGGAUGAGUGACAGUUGUGUGGGUGUCCCGUGUCGUGUGGGAUGAGUGACAGUUGUGUGGGUGUCCCGUGUCGUGUGGGAUGAGUGACAGUUGUGUGAGGGUCCCGUGUCGUGUGGGAUGUGACAGUUGUGUGGGUGUCCCGUGUUGUGUGAUGUGAGUGACAGCUGUGUGGGUGUCCUGUGUUAGGGUAAAUGGCAGUUGUGUGGACGUCCUGUAUUGUGUAGGGUAAUGGCUGAGGUGGGGCAGCUAUCCUGACCACAAACCUUUGUUUUUUAUUGUUUUGUUUUGUUGUUUUUGUAUUUCUCUCUCAUUUCCAGCCCUGCAUCUUCCAACUCUAGCCCUGAAUUUUGUAAGUAGAACCCACCCAGUGUCCGGUUGGGGUGAACACACACUCAUACUCAUGUGUAUUUCUGAUAUUUUUAUGCAUCAGAUUUUUGAGACCCUAAAUCACCCCAGAGCUCUUACUCUCCUCCUGAGAAAAGAAUUUCAAACAAGAGAAUCUACCUCCCUGCUGAGUUUUCAGUGUGCACAUUUUUUGUGGUUUGGGGGUGUGUCUGCAUUCCAUUAUUCCUUCCAGUCUCGGCUCUCAGGGACCCUCGCCCAGAGGAGUUUCCUGAAGAGUGUGUUGGGAGAGACAGAUGUGGAGCUGUGCUGCCAGCCGCUUGUGCAGGUGUGCUACACGGCCCUGGUCCCGGCCACGUCCCCAUCCCAGUGCAGGGCAUGGGGGGCGCACGGCCUCGACAAGUGCACAAAUAGGAGCAUUAAAGAAAUUUCUACCAGGGUGGAGCCGGCCACCGAGUCUUUUUUUUAACAGCACACACUGUGGUAAACCAUCGGGUUCAUAUUGUUUUUGCUAAAGGCAGCCCUGUGUGCGGUUUCGGUGCACCGCUUGGGUAACUGUUGAAACUGCUGCGGUUUGAAAUCAGCCCUAUUUUGCCUUUUCUUCAAUCUUGCAUUCCUCUCCCCCAUUAAUGAAGAGCCUCUGAGUGCUGGGGAAUCACGGGCCGCCAGCCCCCCGGGGUCUUCAUAUAGUCUGUCCUCAGUCACCACCUUCCGCUGUGCUGGGGCGUCUGGUGGGCCCCACACAGACAUCUAGGAAUGACGAUACGGAGCCGUGUGCCAGGUAGCAUCCUGGUUAGCUUUUAUACCAGUUCUUUUUAUUUUUUUAAUGGUUUGUGUUCCCUUCUCUGAAACACACCUCCGGACCUUUCCUUACAGUGCCGUGAAAAAGCAUAAAACUGCGCUGAAUUUCCUCAGAGGCAUGGAGGCAGGUUAAAGUUACUUUGUCACGUUUAAGAUAAGCUACACCUCAGAAAAUCGGAAAAAGCGAUUAAGGAGUUAGCAGAAGUGGUUACAUAAAAGCAGGAACUACACCCAGAAUGUUUUAAAAGUGUAGCUGCUAAAAAUAAAUGAGGGCACGGAGUGGGAAGUUUGGACGGAGGGCGGUCAUGGUGUGUGUCUCUGCGGAGAACCGCCUGGUCGUGAGCAUGGUGUCGAGCCGGACUGGGAACACCGCCGAAUUUGCACGUGUCAGGUCCAAUAAUUCAGCCUCUAUGCCCAAGCACAAAAACAGACAACCGAGAAAUAACCGUUUUUUUUUUUUCCCCUCUGAAAACAAGAGCAGUUGACGUGCCCUGGUUUCGUAUUAACACAGUCAUGAUUUCUAAAUAACAACGGUUUCGGCAACAGAGCAAAACCGGGCCCUGGCAAUUCUUGAUGUGAACGAUGCUUUCCAUCUUCCCCAUCAUCUCUUUGCUUGUCAGAAACCUCAGCUGGAAAUUCUAGCCAGCUGGAUUCUUAACUGCCCCCCACAAAGCAAUUUUUUUAAAAUCCCGCAAACCAGGAGAGGAUGGUGUUCUUAAUUGAGAAUAAGAGAAAGAUCCCAGAAGUGGGUGAUCUGUUUGAACGUUUGGACCAUCGUGCUUGCUCUCAGGGCCUGGCUGGGGUCGGCCGACCCCUUCAUCCCUGCUCAGGUGUCUGCCCUUUGUGACCAGACCCUGCAAGAAAUGCCCCAAGAAAUCAAGCAGGACUACCCUGCACUUGCCACCAGAGCCAGGGGCUGCGCCGUGCCCUGGGCUUUUCAGCCUGUCCCCGCAGCUCUUUUCCCUGUAUUAGGAUUUUGCUGUUUGGUCCAUCGUCGUUUUAGUUUUUGAUGAAAAAUCAGCCCGAGAGCGCACCAGUGAAAAUAUUCACUCUUUCUUGCAAAAGAGGGAAGCCAUUUGCCUUUAAUUCUUCCUACCUCACUAGAGGGGCUCCCCUAAAGGGCCUGUAUGGCUGCGCUGACCCACGAGGACCCCUGUGGGUGCUGAGCCCUGCCCACAUGCAGCUGACCCUCAGGUGUGCUGCAAGCUAGACCAGGACAGUUGGGUGCCGUGGGAGGUGGACGAGGCAGGGGGCAGCCAGCAAGGGUGGAGUAAGCCCUGGGGGAGUGUCUUCCAGGGGAGGGCGAGGCUGUGCCAAUGCAGGGAGAGACUGGCCAGGUUGGUCAGCACAGGACGGUCAGCAUGAGGGAAGUGGCUAUGGAAAGGAGACCAGGGGAUGGCCAGGCUGUGAGGACCAUGCACGCUGAGCCCAGUGUUCCUUCCCUGUGCAACCUGAGCCUGCAUCCCCAUCCCUCAGGACACUGGCCCCCAGGGCGCCCCUGCCCGUGCCCUUGGGGGCCCUCGCACACACCAGCUGGGUGCACACAUGAGGGCCGGUCUCCCUGGGCCUGGAAAAGGCUGCAGGUGUUCCAGGAGCCCCCAGGGCAUGGUUCACCUGGGAACACGUGUGUCUAUCCGCCAUCAAGCCUCAGAUGAUGCCGGCUGCCUGGGGUUUGGAAAGCAAGGCAAGGCUUGGCGCUCUCUGCAGGGGGACUCUUCUGGGGCUGUGCGUCUUCUCUUGGAGGUGGUGUCUUCUCUUGGGGCAUGUGGCGCUGUUGUUUGGUGGGGAAGGAGGCCCAUGGAGGGUUUGAAAAGGGGGGAUAGAUGGGAGCCGGUGCAGGGAACUCAGCAGAUGCUCGGCAGGUGCCUAUGGAGCGGUUCCAGAGGAAGGUGCUCUCGCCUGUGGGCUGUGCAUGUCCACCAUGCUGUGGAGGGGGCAUCUGAGUGACCCUGUCAGCAGAGAGCUGCGAUGUGAGUCCUCGGUUUCCUUGCAGGGUCCACAACGGCGGGCGAGCUGGCCUGACCUCCUGGCACUGGAGCUGUGCUGGCCUGGCUCCUUCUCCCUGAGGCCUGGAGCAUCCCUCAGUCUCUCAGAGGGGCUUGAUCGGGUGGUCUUCUUACCACCUGCCAGGCAUCUGAGCUAAGCCCCUCUCCACACCGGGGGUAUGCACAGUUUUGCCCUAAAAGGUAGUAGUUAAUAUUUCCCACCCUGUAGGCCUUCCAUUCGCUCAGCUGCUCUCUCUGCUGUCGUGGCGGGAAAGCAGCCAUAGCAGACACAGGAACGAGUUGGCACAGCUCACUGGCACUGGCGUACCAGUAAAGCUUGAUUUACCAAAGCAGGCAGCCCUGUUCUUGGUCACUGCCCUGGCGGCCACGGAGGGUGGGGCCCCUGCUACCCCUGUGGGGGUUUGCUGGGGCUGCCAUAACAAAGUACUGCAGACUGGGUGGCUUGAACAGCAGAAACUUGUUUCCUUAUGGUUCUGGAGGCUGGAAGUCCCAGAUCAAGGUGCUGGCAGGGUUGGUAUCUCCUGAGGUCUCUCUCCGUGGCUUGUAGCUGGCUGUCUUCACAUGGUCUUCCCUCUGCACGUCUGUGUCCUACUCCCCUUUUCUUAUAAGAUCCCCCGUCCUAUUGGAUCUUGGGCCCACCUAUAGGACCUCAUUUUUACUUUGUAAUACAGCCACAUUCUGAGGUGCUGGGGGUGAGGACCCCAAUGUGAUAAAUUUUGGGGGGACACACUGCAGCCCAUAACAACCCCUUUUUAUGGAUUAGGAAACGAGGCGGAGAGAACAAGGCUGAGCAGGGUGGUUGCUGUGUUCCUUACCGCCUUCCAGGGGUAUGCCUGGCCUGCCCCCCUCCCACAUCCUGCCCCACAGCUGGGCUGGAAGAGCUGAACACAGGCACUAGGGGACGGGAGUGUCACGAGGGCUUUCCUUGAGAAGGUGGCCGCGUUUGAGUUGGGAGUGCAUUCUGGGCAGAGGGACCAGCCAGGAAGAAGCCCUGAGUUUGGGGGUUCCAGGGAAGGAGGGCUGUUGGAGGUGAGGGAAGAGUUUGGCGUGGGCUGUAGGGGCCUUCUGGAUUCACCAGGAGAGAUGUGUGGGCCCCAGGCAGGGCUGGGGCAUGGUGGAGUGUGCCUGUUAGAAGGCUUCAUUCAACAGAGAGCUUACGCCGGGGCCCUGCUGUAGGCAGGGGGACACAGCCUCGUGGAGCUCACAUUCUGUUGAGAAAGUAAGUGACAGAAUGACAGAGUGUGACCAGGGCUGCAGAGAUGGUAGACAGGCGUCUGAGCCAGAAGUGGGGGGCGGCCUCUGAGUGCGUGGUGCCCACAGGAGGAAGGGCAAUCCAGACAGGGCCAGGAGGCGCGAAGGCCCAAGUGGGGCAGGGGCAGGAUGGAGGCUGAGGGUGUUUCUAGGGCAGUGGGGCGCUGUCGGGAGAUCUCAGCAAUGUCGGAAUCAGCUGUGUUAGAAGGCCACUUUGCUGGGUGGGGACAGCCCAUGGGGCGGGAAGCUGCAUGUCAGCGGCCAGCAGGGAAAGGGGUUCCCGGGGCCCCAGGAGAGAUGAGGGACACUUGCCUGGGGCAGGGGCUGCAGAGAGAGAGAGUGACUCAUGGUGAUGCGGGCACAUGGACUGGAGCACACUGGCCCCACACCCCCUCCCCCUCCUCCCUGAGGUGUCCCUGAGGCACGCCUGGCCCCCACUGCUCCCAGGUGGACAGCCUGGACUCGACAAGCUGCUGGGCAGGCCUCGCCUCACACCUCCCACCAGCACUGCCUGCCUCUCAGUGAAGAGACCAGAGGUGGGGCCACAGUUCUGGGAGCCAGGGAGGCCUUGGCUGCCCCCUUGCCUCAUCCUCAGACCAGGGAGGAGGCCAGCUGGACGAGGGGGCCUUGGGGAGGCAGUUCUUCAAGGCCAGCAGAACAAGCCAGCGAAGCUGUGGCCCGCACCCACACCCCCGCUCUCCCCAGCCCAGGGGAGGUCCGGGAAGAGGAGAGAGAGCUGCUGGCAGGGAGGACAGCUCAGGGAGCAUUUGGUGCUAGAGGGGCAACCUGAGGAUCUGGGCUCUGUCGUGAAUAGGAGAGGAGGGACCAAAGGUAAGGCUCUUCCAGUACAGAAGAUGGGGUGUGGGGACCACCCCAGUCCUUCACUUUGAGAAGUCAGUUGCUGUGGGGGAGAGAGGCCCUCAUUCCUGCUGUGCAGUGGACUCAGCGCUGCCCUUCUGUCCCGAGCCGAUGUGGCACACCCUGGGGCUUUGGCAGAGGUUUUCCGUGGGGGCCCCUUCCAUCUCACAGGCCCCUUGCUCACUGGGCCUCGUGGCUGACUGUGCAUUGGUUCGAGGCCACAAGGAGAGGCCGACAGAUGCCCCAGCUUGUGCCCGCCUCCCUCCACCCUUCUUGGUCGCUGUGAGUCGCAUCGGUUCCUGGGGCGGGCAGUGUGACCGAGACAGGCCGAAGUGGGCAUGCCCUCCAGCCUGCAGUUCCAUCUCCAGAAACGUCUCACAGAUUGACGCACACACGUGCACAGGGGUGUUGCUUGUGACAGUGACAGCCUGGACUCCCUUGCCAUGGCCGUGGGGCGGCGCGAGAGUCCAGUGAAGCCGAGGCCAAGGGCACUCGCCUCUGACCAUGGGAGGAUGAAAAAGCCAGGCACCAGGCUGCUUGUGUCUCCGAGUCCUUCUGUGCAAACCGCAGGGAGCCAGGGUCUGUGUUUCCUUGAACACGCAGAAGGAAACCGGCAGUAGUUAUGAGGGCAGGGGCAGGUUGGGUCCUCUAGGUUCCAGCGAUGGGUGGGGCGCGCACUGGCAGCACCUGGCCGCCCCAGACGUUCUGAUUCAGUGGGGAUGGGCGUGGGGAUUUCACCAUGCUCCUGGUGGGCCCCGACCUGGUCUCUUCUCUGUCCACUCUCCCACUCCGGGACCAUGUCACCAGUGACUUGCGUUCCUCAGGCCACUGCCCUGCGGCCUCCCACCAUGGGGGAUGCUGAGACGGAGCUGCAGCAGCAUUUGUACCUUAUGGCCGUCCGGCUGCUGGGUCCAGUGACAAGUAAAUAAACCUGCACAUCCAGGCGAGGGGCUGCAGGCCAGGUUCCCACCGGCCUGCACGUGCGCUGAGCACCCACUGUGCAUGGACGCUGUGGUGCAGGACACUGGGGUGGCCUCAGAGUGGGGCAGACCUGUGUUGUCCUCCCAAGGUGCACUGUCGUGCAUCGGUCACCUCGUCUGACCUUCUCCUCUUCCUCACUUCACAGAUAGGAAACCGAGGCGAGCUGGGGCCAAGGCGCUGGUCCUUGUCAAGGUCCCAGAGCUGAAAGUGGCAUAGGCAGGCUGUGGCCCCAGAGCCCUUAGAGACCCCUUGGGGCCCUCAGCAGUGUGGCCUGGGAAGUGGCAUGAGAGAGGAUGGUUCUGUAGCUGGGCAUCGGGGUGGACUG